GGCCGGGGCCAAGAUGGCGGAACCCUAGGAAAUGAACCUGCGGCGGCGGUAGCCGAGGCUGUGAAGAAGGCGGAGGAGUGACGACAUCUACGCCCUAGGUCAGCGGCGGUGGAGUGUGACCGGGCGCCAGCUCCCAGGUCGCAGAGAGUGACCCGCAGUGGAGCUCGCUUCUCGCAGCUGGAGAACUGAGGGAGAGAAGGUUGCUGGGUGGGGGAAGCUGCCUCCCUCUGCUUGGCGGGGCUGAGGGGGCCAGAGUCCAAGGCGUCCCUGGUCACCCCGGCUUCCCCGGAGCCCCAGGUCUGGAGACAUGACCCGAGAGUGCCCUCCCCCGGCACCGGGGCCCGGGGCUCCGCUGAGCGGGUCGGUGCUGGCGGAAGCAGCAGUGGUGUUCGCCGUAGUGUUGAGUAUCCACGCAGCUGUGUGGGACCGGUACUCGUGGUGCGCCGUGGCCCUCGCAGUGCAGGCCUUCUACGUCCAAUACAAGUGGGACCGGCUGCUACAGCAGGGAAGCGCCGUCUUCCAGUUCCGUGUGUCUGCAAACAGUGGCCUACUGCCCGCCUCCAUGGUCAUGCCUUUGCUUGGACUAGUCAUGAAGGAGCGCUGCCAGGCUGCGGGGAACCCAUUCUUUGAGCGCUUUGGCAUUGUGGUGGCAGCUACUGGCAUGGCAGUGGCCCUCUUUUCAUCAGUGUUGGCGCUGGGUAUCACUCGCCCGGUGCCCACCAACACUUGUGUCAUCUCAGGUUUGGCUGGAGGUGUCAUUAUUUAUAUCAUGAAGCACUCGCUGAGCGUGGGUGAGGUGAUCGAAGUCCUGGAAGUCCUGCUGAUCUUCGUUUAUCUCAACAUGAUCCUGCUAUAUUUGCUGCCCCGCAGCUUCACCCCGGGGGAGGCGCUGCUGGUAUUGGGUGGCAUUAGCUUCGUCCUCAACCAGCUGAUCAAGCGUUCUCUGACUGUGGUGGAAAGCCAGGGGGACCCAGUGGACUUCUUCCUGCUGGUGGUGGUGGUAGGGGUGGUGCUCGUCGGCAUCUUCUUCAGCACCCUCUUUGUCUUUAUGGACUCGGGCACCUGGGCCUCCUCCAUCUUCUUCCACAUCAUGAGCUGCGUGCUGGGCCUUGGCGUGGUCCUACCCUGGCUGCACCGGCUCAUCCGCAGGAAUCCCCUGAUCUGGCUUCUUCAGUUCCUCUUCCAGACAGACACCCGCAUCUACCUCUUAGCCUAUUGGUCUCUGCUGGCCACCUUGGCCUGCCUGGUAGUGCUGUACCAGAAUGCCAAGCGGUCAUCCUCCGAAUCCAAGAAGCACCAGGCCCCUACCAUUGCCCGGAAGUAUUUCCACUUCAUUGUGGUAGCCACCUACAUCCCAGGUAUCAUCUUUGACCGGCCAUUGCUCUAUGUGGCCGCCACUGUAUGUUUGGCAGUCUUCAUUUUCCUAGAGUACGUGCGCUACUUCCGCAUCAAGCCCCUGGGUCACACUCUGCGGAGCCUCCUGUCCCUCUUCCUGGAUGAACGAGACAGUGGACCACUCAUCCUGACACACAUCUACCUGCUCCUGGGCAUGUCUCUUCCCAUUUGGCUGGUCCCCAGACCCUGCACACAGAAGGGUAGUCUGGGGGGAGCGAGGGCCCUAGUGCCCUAUGCUGGCGUCCUGGCCGUGGGUGUGGGUGAUACUGUGGCCUCCAUCUUCGGCAGCACCAUGGGGGAAAUCCAUUGGCCUGGAACCAAAAAGACUUUCGAGGGGACCAUGACGUCUAUAUUUGCACAGAUCAUAUCUGUAGCUCUGAUCUUAAUCUUUGACAGUGGAGUGGACCUAAACUACAGUUAUGCUUGGAUUUUGGGGUCCAUCAGCACUGUGUCCCUCCUAGAAGCGUACACUACACAGAUAGACAAUCUCCUUUUGCCUCUCUAUCUCCUGAUAUUGCUUAUGGCCUAGCUGUUGUGCAGCAGCAGUGAUGGAGUUAACAAGGACAUGGGGAGGAUGAACAGUCCCCACAACAGCCAGCCACUUGGGCAUGAGAAACCAAGAGGUGAAAAGCAGAUUUAAUUUUUCAGUUGAUUCAGAUUUAAAAUUAAAAAAAAG